AUGCAUAAACGAGUGAAAGUUUAUAAUGUGGCUAUGGUGUUAAGGAGAGGAUCCUAUAUCUUCUCUGAAUUAUGUGAUGUGAGAAGACUGGACAUGGAUGAAAUUUCUGAUACUAUGAGGAUGGAUUCUGGAGAAAUAACUUUAGUGAACCACAACACCAUAUUCAAAACACAUCUCCUGCCAGAGAUAGGUUUUCAAGAAAACCAACUUUCACUUUCUGACCACCAGGGUUUGCCUUCCAGGGCUGGAAAUUUGAAUCCAUCUUUUACUUGUUCUACAAGGAGUACAGUAUAUAACCCAAACUAUUAUUCAGAUAGCACUUCCUCAGAAAGUUUUCUGGUUGAGCCAAGGACAUAUGGCCAGAGUAUGAAUGGCCACUGGAGAAAUUCUACCCCUGCACCAACUUCAGCUUUACAGAAACCUAGAAUCAGCCGGAGUCUCUACCAUGACAGUCGAAAGGUCUCCAGUGGAAUGUCAAAUACAUUUGUUGGAAAGUCAAACCAUCACUGUCAUAUGACUGCUUAUGAAAAAACCUUUCCUAUUAAGCCUGUUGCAAGUCCAUCAUGGAGUGGUUCAUGUCGUCGUAAUCUUUUAAGUCCAAAGAAAACCCAGAGGCGAUAUAUUAGUACAGCAGAAGAGACAGUUCGAGAAGGAGAGAGAGAGAUCUACAGACAGUUGCUACAGAUGGUUACUGGAAAACAAUUUUCUACAGCCAAACCCACCACACAUUUUCCUUUACACCUGUCUCGAUGCCUCAGUUCCAAUAAGAGUGCUUUGGAAGAACCAGUGUUUAAAAAUUCAAACUCCUAUACAACCCAAUCCAUUGGAUCUGACACUCCAUCAAGCAGCUCAGCUAGCAUUUUAAAUACCCAAGAACAGCUAUCCCACCCCACUAUACCAUUUCCCCAGUCUUCCUACCUCCCAGGUGUUGCUACAAAUGAAUCCAAGAAUUCUGGUCUCCACAGUCAAUCUCACCAACACCCUUCUCCUCCACAUCAACCAGAUCACAUACCAGCUCCAAAUGCACAGUCUGAAGGAUCAGAUUCUGUCAUUUUACUCAAGGUGAAAGAUUCCAGAGCUCCCACUCACAGUCCUUCCUUCUUCCAGGCAGAACUGUGGAUCAAGGAAUUAACCAGUGUUUAUGAUUCUCGCGCACGGGAGAGAUUACGCAAAAUUGAAGAGCAGAAAGCUCUGGCAUUACAGUUCCAAAAUCAGAGACUGCAGGAAAAAGAGCAUUUGGUAGCUGAUUCAAUAGACCUGCAUCUUCGAGUGCCUCUUGAAAAAGAGAUCCCUGUCACAAUCACCCCAGAAGAAGAAAAGGAGCCUAGCAAAGUAACUGAUAGUGAAGAGGAAUUUCCUGAAAUCACUGAGGAAAUGGAGAAAGAGAUAAAGAAUGUGUUCCGUAAUGGCAACCAAGAUGAGAUUCUCAGCGAAGCAUUCCGUCUGACUAUUACCCGAAAGGACAUUCAGACUCUCAACAACUUGAACUGGCUCAAUGAUGAGAUCAUUAAUUUCUAUAUGAAUAUGAUAAUGGAGCGAAGUAAAGAAAAGGGAAUGCCAAGUGUUCAUGCAUUUAAUACCUUUUUUUUCACCAAAUUAAAAACGGCUGGGUAUCAGGCAGUGAAACGAUGGACAAAGAAAGUGGAUGUAUUCUCUGUGGACAUUCUUUUGGUACCUAUUCAUCUGGGAGUACACUGGUGUUUAGCGGUAAUAGACUUCAGAAAGAAGUAUAUCACCUAUUAUGAUUCAAUGGGUGGAAUAAACAGUGAAGCCUGCAGGAUCUUGCUGCAGUACCUAAAGCAGGAGAGCCUUGACAAGAAAAGGAAAGAAUUUGAUACCAAUGGCUGGCUUCUCUUCAGCAAGAAAAGUCAGGAAAUUCCCCAGCAAAUGAAUGGGAGUGACUGUGGGAUGUUUGCCUGUAAAUACGCUGAUUGCAUUACCAAAGACAGACCAAUCAAUUUCACACAGCAACACAUGCCAUACUUCCGGAAGCGGAUGGUCUGGGAGAUUCUUCACCGGAAGCUUCUUUGAGAGCCACCAUGGCCAUCAGUCACUGACCUUGUGGGGGACCAACUCUGGGCUGUUUCCAAGAGACCUUGGGAACAACUGCUCCCACCUUGUUGUUUUGUUUGUUUGUUGUUUAUUUGUUCGUUUGUUUGUUCGUUUUACCCCAAAAGAACUUCCAUCCUGGACCAGACCCUGGCAAGAUGCAUUCACAAGCACACCUGCCUUUCCUUUUGUAUCUCAAAACUAUUUUUGCAACGUAACUUUGGUGCUGUGAAGAGAGAGAGUAAGGGACUUUCUCAAACUGAAGAGACUGUUUUCCCCUUCUCAAAUUCUGCCAUCUUCUUUUAAAAGGGCUCCAUCCAUACCCAGUCCUUGUUAUCAGAAUGGGCCCUGCCAAUUUCCUCAAGACCUGAAUAGGCUUGGAAAUGAUCCUUGUUUCAGAUGUACUACUAGU